AUGGGGCAUUACUUCCUUAAAGCAAGUCUAGGACAAUUACAGAUAUUAUUUCUGAUUGUCCUGUUAUUUCUCACGACAAUAGAGUGUGAUAUUAAACCACGACCACUGCCAAAACAACUGAAAUUAUGUCUAAAAGACAGAUUUGCUGAAGAUCCUUCAGCAAGAGAAGAAGACAUAAGCACAUCCUGUAUGUUAGAGUUCAUGUGGUUACAAAAGGAAAAUUGUGAGGUAGUUUCACCAGGAACAGUAGUGUGGCUUUCAUCUUUGGUUAGAAAGUUCGCUUCGAGCUCAAUAAGAAAGGACUCUACUAGACACAAGAGACAAACUACUGGUGGAACUCCUAGAAAAAGAAAAGAAUAUAGGAUGUUAAGUGACAACGAACGACAGGAAUAUCACGAUGCUAUAAAUCAACUCAAGAAUGACAGGUCUUUGACUCCAAAUAAAUAUGAUGCCUUAGUAACAUAUCACCAGAACGCAAGUAUAGGAGCUCAUGGUGGACCAGCUUUCCUGGCAUGGCAUCGUUACUUUUUGGUUCUUUACGAGUUGGCCUUGCAAGAAAAAAAUCCAAAUGUAAUGUUACCGUAUUGGGAUUCAACAUUAGAUUCAGCAAUGUCAGAUUCAACCGAUUCAGUUUUGUGGACACGGGAAUUUGCAGGCAAUGGGAGAGGCAAUGUUGUUACUGGGCCUUUUGCUGGGUGGGAGUACAAUAAUAGUCCACUAACGCGAUCAGUAGGUGCCGGAAGAUUGAUGGUUAGACGAUCGACGAAUAGACUUAUAAGAACCAGAAGAAGCUACAGGUAUUUCGUUUUACAACUUGAACAAGCCCAUAACUGGGUUCAUUCCUGGGUUGGCGGGAAUAUGAGGAGCAUAGAACGGUCCCCAAGUGAUCCAAUGUUUUACAUGCAUCAUGCUUUCAUUGAUUGUGUAUGGGAACAAUAUCGAAAUUUGCAGAAUAAACGACGUCGACAAGGCAAAAGCUUUCAGGAUCCGGAAGAAUACCCUUUAGUUAGAGCGUUUGAAAGACCUUAUCACAACAGGGAAACAGUUAUGCAAUUACCACUCCUUAGGAAUCAGUCUCUAACGAAUGGAGAUGGAUAUUUAAACUUCUGGACAGAUGAAUACUACACUUAUGCCCCACUUCCAUGGUGUGGUAAUAUAAAACCUGACUGUGGGUCGAAAUGGCUACGAUGUGAUCUCUUGUCGAAAACAUGUGUAUCGAAAGGAUCGGUUGCUAUAGAACCACAAAUAACACCAGAGAGAUUUUUUCGAGUAGCAGAAAUUGUAGCACCAGAACCAUCACAAUCUUCAGCACCUAGAAUAGACUUACGUCGCACUGUAAGAUUAUCCCAUGAUGCUUCAGUAUCGUCUAAAUCACCCGAACCCGUUGGAACUACAAACCUAACCGAAUCAUCUGAAGAUGUAACGGAAUGGGCUAAAAGUGUAUCAAAGGAAUCAUUUUAUCGUGUACUUGAGAGGAUAUCGCUAUCAGAUAGCAGUGUUCCGUCCCGGAGCGCACUUAUUAAUAACAGUCCAAGCAAAUUUACACCCUCACAAAAGCGACACCCUGUAAAGCAAGCCUCAUUUGAAAUUAUUGAAACAAAGCCAGUAUCGGUGGCCAAUAUGACCAUGGAUGAUUUUUACAUACCUGAAGAGCAGAAACCAUGCGCGGGAUUACCAACACAAAAUACAUUUUUAUGCGGCUGUAGAGCAAAUACAGAAUCAUGGGUAUUCAUACCAGUACAGGUUGUUCAUUUGCGACAAGGGGACAUAAUUUAUGAUUCUCAUCCUGUUAAUGCACAAGGAAAUAUAGUUGAUGAUGAAGACAUAUUUUCUUAUGGUAAAAAACUUCCUUUUACACCAGGUUUACAAACUAAGUAUAAUUCAACAGAAAAACCGUGCUAUCAAGAUAAAUCAGGACUAACCAAAGUAAAAAUUGCAGCUUUUGGGAUUACUUAUAACGGAAUGUAUGAAGACCAUGUAUUUCUUGAUAACAGACCAUCAGUAUCGAAAGCAGUUACUUAUAUAGCAGUCAAAAGACCAAGCUACAAGCCAAUAAACACUUUUAUUAUAGCGUCAGAUGAAUGUGGAAAAGUUUGCCAGCCUAUGAUUAUUGCAAAACAACAUAAACAUAGGUAUCCUUUAUAUCGAAAGUUUACAGGUGCUGUCAUGGUUACGUUAAAAAGGCCAGUGUAUCACAGCAAUACCUACCGCGGCGCAGAAGCCUUGGUUUGGAACAACAAGAAAAUACCUUAUCAAAACGAAAACCAUAUUCCAAUUGUAUUUUACUGUACUCAUGGAAACGAAAAACCAUGGUUUCAAUAA